CAAAGACAAAGCGGCGCAACAUUUGGAAAUAAUAUAAAGACUUACAAGACAUUCUAAUAACGUAACUUGAGAACUAUGUCUACGCACAGUCGGCAAACAUGCUCACGCGCAAGUGGAGUAAAAUAUGAUAUUUUUUAAUGAUGUUGCAACUUUUGACCAAAAACUGUCAGCGGCUGAACUUCAAAAACCCACGUACAGUUAUAGAAUUACAAAUUAUUCAAUUGCGACCAACACUAAACAAGGAAGACACAAAAGUGCAGCAAACACCUAAGACGGAGGCUCAAACAUUUGAAAUUAGUAUAUAAACACCGGCUGACAGCUUAACGAACAACAUUAACUCAACGAGUGUGCAUCUUUAUACUUACAGUUCUUAACUUGCAAACAAAUAAUCACAAUGUUUAAGUUGCUCGUAUUGUUUUCCUUCUUCGCAAUGGCUUUCGCCCGUCCCGGAUUUCUGCACUCGGCACCACUCCUAACCACUUACCAGGAGGAGCCACGCUUGGCCGCACUGCCUGCACUGUCUGCACUGCCCGCAGUGUCUGCACUGCCUGCUUCGGUACAUAUUGUCGAGCCAUUGAUCACCACCCAACAAAUUGUAACCCCUUUGCUUCAUGGCACUGUACUUAAUCGUGGCUUGCACUAAUUUCAGAGGAGGAAGUGAAAGGCCCGCAGCCGCAAGCAAUAUAAUAUAUGAGAAGAAUUAAAAUUUCUGAUUAAUAAAGUGCU